CGCGUAAGUCGGCAACUGGAAACGAGAGGUGCCCUGGUCGCGCGAUUUGAACACAAGUGCCUGCCAGGAAGCUCCACAUCCAAGGCACCGGGAAGCUUUGAUUACGCGUGCGUUCUCUGUUGGAACGGAGAAGGAUAUUUCCUAAUGUCUCUCUCACCAUCUACACGGUGUGUUUUUUUUUUUAGAGAUGCGACGCAAGUUGUGCCAUCCUUACAUCUUUGCACCGCGGUAAACUUUACAGGAUACUGAGUGCGAUUUGACCAAUUAAAAGGGCCAAAAGAGACGGAGAAGUUAAUUUACUGAAAAUGUCCACGACGAACCUUAGCUCUCCGGCGCCCAACCAGAGCUACCUUUCCACCGCCACCUACGAGAAGACAGACCCCUCGGAGGUGAAGAGGCAAAUUCGCCUGCUGCUAUUCGGCUUGUGCGUAAUCAUCGCCGCUGCUACCUUUGUCGGAGGUGUGUAUUCGCUGCUGUCGCUCAUUCGGAUGAGGAAAAAAACAUCCCUAUGUCUCAUUGUGGCUUCCAUGUCGGUGGACGACCUGCUCAGUGUGGUCCCUCUCUCCUUGUUCAUGCUCCUACAGUGGGAGGCAGAUGGAGGUGGAGGAUCGGGCAGUCUGUGCACUUCAUCUGGACUUCUGUACGUGUUCCAGGGUGUUUCUAGCAAUAUGAAGGCUUGUCUCAUAGCAGCCUACACUUUUUAUGUCACCAAGAGAUUUGGAGUGCUUCAAUCUGUCCGUCGGCCCCUAAGAGUGAUAUGGGCCAUUGCCGGUGUGUGGGCGGUCAGCCUUGCCGUCAGUGUGUUACCUUUGUGCGGAUGGGGCAGCUUUACGCCGGCCUCUCUCGGGUGUUUCCCAGAGAGCGACAGUUUUUACAGCAUGCUGCUUUUUUCUUUAUACUCCAUGUGUUUCUGCGGCUUGUUAUUUUUCUUCAUCCCACUCACCUAUCAGCUGCUGUGCUCCAGGGAGUCCCAGAGGACUUUACUGUACCCCAGCUAUUUGGAGAUGGCGAGGGGACUGAGUGGCUCCGUUCCCCUCUGUGAUCUUCCUUCCUUUUCCCGGGACAGCAUGGACAAAAGUUUCGGUGCCUACAACGAGCUGAGCCCUAGUUCAUGCGGGACGGAGCUCAAAGAGAAAGAGGACAGCGGUCUGUCCCCAGUGUCUGUCAGAGGGCAGAGGACUGCUGCUGUCGGGGACACUCCAGUGGUGUUUGCGCAAAAGCGCUUCUCCAUGAUCCUGGCGGUUGUUCGAGUUAUUUUAUGGAUGCCAAUGAUGACUUUGGUGCUGGUGCGCCAUGCAGUGAAUGCCCGCAGCUCAUCCCUGGAGACGCUGAGCUUCUUUCUCACUCUGCUUGCCCCUGCGUUCACUCCAUUAUUCGUGCUGUCUGAGCGCUGGAUCCACAUGCCAUGUGGCUGCUUCAUUAACUGCAAACGGGAUUCAAUGCAGGAACCUUCAGUGAUGAAAAGAAGAUUUGAGUUCAGUCUUUCUUUCCAACAAGGCUAUGGAGUCUACAAGUUGUCACAUGCCGCCAUGUCUCAUAACAGUCCACCCCUUGAGAAGCCUGCCUAUCACAACCUCUUUAACUGUGACUUCACUAAUACGCGUCUGGAUGCAUUAGAAAGUGGCGGGCUCUCCAGCCUGGGGCCUGAUUUUGUUUUCAGCACCACCUGCCCUGUGGACAGCUCCUCUCAUGCAGACCUUUUGUUGGAAGCGGUGGCCGGUGGAGGAGAGGCACAGGCUGAUUGUCUUUCACUCCCUCAUGAGAACCACGGAGAUGACGACAACUUCUGCUGUGUCCCUUCCAUGCCUUCUCAUCACCAGGAGCAUGAUCACAAUCUCACUGAUACGUCGUCUGUGUUCGAGGGCCCGGAGAGGAGGCUGUCACAUGAGGAGUGUCGGAAAAUCGAGCUGACAGACUGGGAGUGGUGCAGGAGUAAAUCAGAGAGAACACCCAGACAGCGGUCAUCAGGUGGUCUGGCAAUCCCCCUGUGCGCCUUUCAGGGCACCGUAUCUCUGCAAUCACCCACUGGAAAGACCCUCUCUCUCUCCACCUAUGAGGUCAGCGGUGACGGACUCAAAAUCUCCAACAAUGCCAAGAAGGUGGAAGUGUAUCGCUCCAAAUCAGUUGGCCAUGAGCCCAGUGCAGACGACCCAGCAUCCGGAGGCCAGGCUGGAGACGUGAAUGUCAGCAGAGUAGGGAUGGGCAUGGAGAUCGGAAUGGAGUUGGGCAUGGGAGCUGGGGUUGGUGACACCAACGUCAAGAUCCACCUUGAGGUUCUGGAGAUAUGUGACAACGAGGAGGCCAUGGACAGUGUGUCCAUCAUCUCCAACAUCAGCCAGUCCUCCACCCACACCCGCUCGCCGUCGCUGCGUUACUCACGAAGGGAGAACCGCUUUGUCUCCUGCGACCUGGGUGAGACGGCUUCCUACUCUCUGCUCAUCCCCAACAGUGGCAACCAAGAGGCAGAGACCAUCAAUAUCACUAUACCUGACACUGUGGAGGCUCACCGGCAGAACAGCCGACGGCAGACGCAGGAGAGCUCAGGGUAUCGUGAGGAGAUACAGCUGCUCAACGAGGCCUACAGAAAGCAAGCUGGGGAGAAGGAAGAGUGACAUACAGUACAUACAGGGUGACAAGAAGGUCUCUCUUAGGAGGAGGUUGAAGGAGCACUUCUGACGGCAAAGGAUGAAAGACAAAUUUCCUAAUCAUUCUAUAUUUACUUCUUUCUGAUCACCACUCUAAUAAAACUGAGAGGUGACCCAAAUAGAGACUAAAGACCUAUAGAAUUGUUUGUUUGCCUACGCUUGUACUUCCUCUACAGAUAGCAUCACAAGAGUACAUGUCUGCAUAGCACGUAGAGUUAGAUGAGCCUGGAAAGGAAGAGAGAUGAUUGUAAAUUGAGGAAAAGGAGAGAGAGAGAGAGAGAGAGAGAGAGAGAGAGAGAGAGAGAGAGAGAGAGAGAGAGAGAGAGAGAGAGAGAGAGAGAUAUAACGGAAGGGAAAGGUAGGAGAGCGAAAACAGUAUUCCAGCAGAGCAUCUAUAUUCCUUGCAAGAGUUUCAACCAUAUGGCAGCCUGUCACAUGUAUAAAGUAGAUACAG